GUUGUGUUAAUCUUUGAAUAAUUUGUGGCACACUGCAGGAGUCUUGGGUUUGAAUUGUGUGGGGCCCAAUAGCCAACAUGGCAGUGGCAGAAUACAGCUGGAGUGAACAUUUCGACGUCACUUCUGAGGUGAAAUCAGAUUUCGAGAAACAUGGGUACAUCAUAGUCAGAGGUCUUCUGUCGAAAGAAGAGAUGCUGAAGGUACGUAAAGCAGCUGAACACUUGAACGGCUUACGGGACUUCACCUUCGAGAUCCCGGAUGGAAGGGGCAGAAACAGCUCCUACUGCAUCUGGAGCCAGCCCGGAAAUGACGUCACCGGGAUGGUCGGGAGGAUCGAAAAAGUUGUCGGAACGAUGGAGAAGUUGCUGGAAGGUGAGGUGUAUCACUACCACGGCAAACUCGUCAUGAAGGAGCCUCACACGGGAGGCAACGUCAACUGGCAUCAGGACUACGGGUACUGGUACAAGAACGGGUGCCUGUUCCCACACAUGGGGUCUGUACUCAUCGCGGUGGACAAGGCUGACAGAGAGAACGGGUGUCUGCAGGUUCUUCGUGGGUCUCACAAGUUGGGGCGCAUCGACCAUACCUUCGUGGGGGGUCAAACCGGCGCAGACAAGGAGAGGUUAAACCAGGUCAUGAAGAUAUUCACACGUGACUAUGUGGAGCUGGAGGAAGGUGAUGCGCUGUUUUUCCACUGCAACCUGCUGCACAGCAGCGACAAGAACGACUCCCCGCGGCGCCGCUGGAACUUCAUCUGUUCUUAUAACCGCGCCAGUAACAACCCUGUGUACGUGCACCAUCAUCCACAGUACACACCGCUACACAAGGUCCCAAACGACGCCAUCCUGACGUGUGAAAACUUCACUGACCUGUCCGGCAAGGACUUCAUGGACCCUGCCGUGGACAAAACCAUCAAGAUAGAUUUGGAGGACUCCGAGAAGGAUUAAGAGAAAAAGACGAAAAUACUAUGAUCCAUCAAAUUUCGUUAAUUGUGCGAAAAUCGAGAAGAAAACUGCUUGUAAGGGAUGUUUCUUGGCGAUGUAGUGUUUACGUUAGCUGUGGAACAAAGGAUCUCAAAAACGUUUCAUCUUUCAGGUUUGAUGAGCCAAGGUUUCUACAUAU